AUGGCGCCCUGCGAUUCCCCCGUGCGUCUCACGGUGAGGACAGGAUUACACGACAAGCGCAGUCCUCCACAUUCGCCAACAUCGGCCUCAGCCUUGACGCCACCGGUCACACCCAUCGGCAAGGGCGUCCUCCAUGCUGAGCUCUUGACCCCCAGCCCUACUACAGAGGAUCCAUCUUCUUCUACACAAUCAUCCGCGCAAACGACGAGACAUGUCGGUGUGCCACUAAUCUUCCCUGACGAAAUUGACAUCUGCCAUGAUGAAAGCAGACGCCCGUUUGAAUUUGGCCGUGGCGCAUGGAGUAUCGUAUACAGGGCACGAUCCGUACCGAAACAAUCGACGGGGUCCUUGCAUACGCCGCCGAGUUCACCGGCCUCAACGGGCCGCAUCUUAGCUGUGAAAGCGCCGUUGCGCCGCGAUGCGCACAAGGUCCUUCAAAGCGAGGCUCUGACGAUGACUCGCCUGAGUUUGACCCCCGGAUGCGAGAAUUAUAUGGUUCCCUUUCACGGAUUCCUCCCUGAAUACGACGCGCUGGUGAUGUCUGCCAUUCCACUCGCCUUGUCCACAUUCAUUGAAGAUAAAGCCGAUGCACGCAAACACAACCCUUCGACGGCAACCAUGUUUGAGCCGGUCCAGGGACCCGAUUCCUGGCGGGACAUGGCGCGCAAAUUAAUUACGUGUCUGGCAUGGCUGCACGACACGGCCGGCUUAGUCCACGGCGAUAUCAAGCCUCACAACGUGCUUCUUCGUCCUACGGUAACAGACACUCCCGAUGCCUUUCCCUUCGAACCUCUCCUGGCGGACUUUUCCUCGGCGUAUGAAAUACCGUCCGACUCGAGCUCCACUUCCAACGUCAACCAAACUGCCCUGUCAGCUUUCACCCCGCCAUUUACCGCACCCGAACUACUCUCGCUAGCAUCCCUUCGGUCUGGCGAGAUUGCCCCGUUGCCGUCAUCCGAUGUCUUUUCUCUUGCUGCAACUCUGAUUGCCGCCGCAACGGGUGACCUGCUUCUCUACCCUGGGUCCAACAACUUUCAACGUCUGGCAAUGGCCAAGGACGGCCACCGCAUCUUGGACUUUACGCGUGCCGGGUCAAACGGGUGUCGCAUUCCGCGCUAUGGGUUCGUUGAGAAGCUGAUUCAGCCGGCUGUGGUUAAGGAUCCCACGCAACGGAUUCUCACAGGUGACUGGGUGGCAUUGGCUUCGUGUUGA